AGACAAACACUCACAGGAUCUCAUGACAAGAUCAAACUGUUGCUUAACACUUUGUGUGUCAGUUUAUUUCUGUUGAAAGUCACACAAUUGACUUACAGGAAGUGUCAAUGUUCAGAGUGUGAAUUAAUCAGAAAAAAAGGAAAAUAUAAGCGAAGAAAGUUGGUGAUGAUGACACUUAAAGAUGAGCAGUUAUUUUAGCUGACAGAGUUUCGCUUCACGUGACUACAGAGCAGCUUCACAUCAGCGUCUGUCAUUUAUUACUGAAGCAGUUUUGAAGAGUUUGUAUCUUCAUUUUUGUGGACUGAAACCGCUGAAGAUGAUUCACACAGUUUUGCUCUGUUUGUGUUUGUGGCGUCUGGAUGACCAUUAGUAUGUAGUACUAUAUUCUGUCACCUUUGAUUGGGUGGACCAGCACCACCCUGGCCCUUAUGUGGCCUUGCCUCUGGUUUGAGUGUGACAUUAUUCUUGUUAGAGUGUUUGGAGUUAAUGGUGUUUGGCCAGUGUCAGUAAACCAGGGAGAUUCAGUCACUCUAAAUCUUACUGAAAUGCAGGAUGAUAAUCAGAUUCAGUGGAAGUUUGGAUAUAGAAUCACUUUAAUAGCUAAAAUCGAUAAACAGACCAACAGCUUCACUGUAUAUGAUGAUGUUCUUGAUGGGAGAUUCAGAGACAGACUGAAGCUGACAAUCAAACUGGAUCUCUGACCAUCACAAACAUCACAAUGAAACAUGCUGGAUAUUAUAAAGUUCUGACCAACAGUGCACAAAAGAGUUUCGACCUCACUGUUUGUGUAGUGAAAGAAAUAUCAGUAAAGAAGGGAGAUUUUGUCACUCUACACAAUGAUCUUACUGAAAUGAAGGAUGAUGAUCGGAUUCAGUGGAGUUUUGAAUAUGGACCUUUAAUAGCUGAAAUCAAUAAAUGGGCCAACAGAAUCACUGUAUAUGAUGAUGUUCUUGAUGGGAGAUUCAGAGACAGACUGAAGCUGGACAAUCAAACUGGAUCUCUGACCAUCACAAACACUGGAACCACACACUCUGGAGUUUAUGAACUAGACAUCAACUACAUGAAGAUGAUUUUCAUUCUUAAUGUUGACGACUCUGUCCACUGUUGUGGUUCUACUGAAGCUGUGAUCCGAUUGGUCCUCUCUGCUCUGGUGGGCGUGGCUACUGUCAUUCUUCUGGUUUAUGACAUCAGAUCCAGAAGAGCUGAACGAGAUCAAGAACAGAUUCACACAUCAGGUGUGUUUGGUGAUGAUGAAGUGUCAGUGAUAGAGGGAAAUUCAGUCACUUUAAACUCUGGUCUUACUGAAAUGAAGGAUGGUGAUGAGAUUCGGUGGAAGUUUGGAAAUGAAAACAUUGUAAUAGCUGAAAUCAAUGUAACAGCCGACAGCUUCACUGUAUAUGAUGAUGUUCUUGAUGGGAGAUUCAGAGACAGACUGAAGCUGGACAAUCAAACUGGAUCUCUGACCAUCACAAACACCACAAUGAAACAGACUGGACUUUAUAAACUACAAAACAACAGUCUGAUCAAGAGUUUCGGUCUUACUGUCUUUGGACUGAGGUUUGUGACAGUGAUUGAGAGAGAUUCAGUUACUCUAAACUCUGAUCUUACUGAAAUGAAGGAUGAAAUGAUUCAAUGGAGGUUUGGAAACACUGUAAUAGCUGAAAUCAAUAAACGAGCCGACAGCUUCACUGUAUAUGAUGAUGUUCUUGAUGGGAGAUUCAGAGACAGACUGAAGCUGGACAAUCAAACUGGAUCUCUGACCAUCACAAACACCAGAACUGAACAUGCUGGAGUUUAUGAGCAACAGAUCAACCAUUUGAAGACAUUUUUCAUUCUCACUGUCAUUUAUGUGAUUGGUGAUACAAAGGUAAUGUCAGUGAUGGAGGGAGAUUCAGUCACUCUAAACACUGAUCUUACUGAAAUGAUGGAUGAUGGGAUUCAGUGGAUGUUUGGAACUGAAAACACUGUAAUCGCUGAAAUCAGUGUAAUGGCCGAAAUCAUCCCUGUAUAUGAUGAUUACGAUGGGAGAUUCAGAGACAGACUGAAGCUGGACAAUCAAACUGGAUCUCUGACCAUCACAAACACCACAACUGAACAUUCUGGACUCUAUAAAGUAAAGAUAAUCAGAAAUAUAGUCAAGCUUUUCAAUCUCGCUGUCUGUGCUCGUCUGCCUGUUCCUGUCAUCAGCAGUAACUCUUCACAAUGUUCUUCAUCAUCAUCAUCAUGUUCAUUGGUGUGUUCAGCUGUGAAUGUGAGUCAUGUGACUCUCUCCUGGUACAAAGGAAACAGUUUAUUGUCCAGCAUCAGUGUGUCUGAUCUCAGCAUCAGUCUCUCUCUACCUCUGGAGGUGGAAUAUCAGGAUAAAAACACCUACAGCUGUGUGCUGAACAAUCCCAUCAGCAACCAGACUCAACAUCUGGACAUCACUCACCUCUGUCACACAUGUUCAGACUCCGUCCACUGUUGUGGUCCUACUGAAGCUGUGAUCCGAUUGGUCCUCUCUGCUCUGGUGGGCGUGGCUACUGUCAUUCUUGUGGUUUAUGACAUCAGAUCCAGAAGAGCUGAACAAGAUCAAGCACAGAUUCACACAUCAGUUUCUUUCUGCACUAUGGAGCACUUGAACACAGUCAAACUCUUAUGCUUUAAGCAGAAGGACUGCUCCCUCGAGAAACAUUUGAAGGAAUUCCUCAGCCUUGUGCCAGCUACAUAUUUCCCGGACAACUGUCUCUGCAGCUUCCUGUAUGCCGGCCUCAACACCGCCACCAAAGAGCAGCUGUCCAGUGAAGGCCCUCAAGAGAGCUUCGCCAGAAGAGUGGGUGCUGGUGUCCUGUGAUUCGCCGCUCACAGUAGACCUCGUCAACGAUGACACCAGCCCCACUAGCUACCCAGUGUCCAGCCAACAACACCCAUACAGCAGCCCGAGCCCACCGCAGGCAACGAGAGUGAAUUCACCGUGAAGUACAAGCCAGUGCAUACAAGAGCGACCGAGCUGAAUAUUACCACGGAGCCUGAGCAACAUGUGUCUGACCAGGUGUGUGAGCCGGCAGCUUCAUCCAUCGCUGAGGGAGUGAAUGUGGAAUUCGUGGGGAUGGAAGUGAGUUCCACCCACCCUCCCGCCACUGAGAGUGAGUGUUUGGCAAUUGCACUAGGGGAAUGUUUUGAUUUUGAAGAGGUUGAAUUUCUACCCCCUAUGUUACCUCCUGAAUUGGUCUGUUAUGUUCUGAACUCUCUGGUUCCGCACAGCCUCCCUCUUCCACAACCUCUCCAAAAUGCUAUUGACACUGCUUUACUUUUUUUGGGAUUUUGUACUGCCCUCCAAGUUCCUCUCCAAUCCCCAACUAAUCCUGCCAUCCAAUCAUCCAGGCUCCGCCUUCUGCAUGCUCCACUCCUUCUCGACCUGUUGCCUUGGCACCUGCGCUCCUUCCUCCCUCGACGUCGGCAGGGACCAUCAGCCUCUCCGGACUCCCUCAGUACAUCGGCUCCACCUGAGUUGGGCAUGACUACACCUACAUUGAGGACUUGCAGGCCGGUUGUUGCUUUUCGCCCCUCCAACCAUUCAGCUUCGGACAGCUCUUCCCUCCCUCAGGCUCCGCCUCCGCCCUCGGUCGCUCCAGCUCGACUUCAGCUCUUCGGAUCCAGUGCCUCCAGAACCUCUUCCUAUGACCUUGUUUUGCCAGUGGUGAAUGUGAGUCAUGUGACUCUCUCCUGGUACAAAGGAAACAGUUUAUUGUCCAGCAUCAGUGUGUCUGAUCUCAGCAUCAGUCUCUCUCUACCUCUGGAGGUGGAAUAUCAGGAUAAAAACACCUACAGCUGUGUGCUGAACAAUCCCAUCAGCAACCAGACUCAACAUCUGGAUAUCACUCACCUGUCACACAUUUUCAGGUACGGCAGUGCUGAUAUUAGAUGCAUUUAUCUUUUUUUAAUUUUGAGUUCCUGAUAGAGAAGACAGUCAGCUUGUUGAAAAUCUCAAUUCUGUUUUAUCACGUUGUUUCUUUUUGAAGUCCACGCCCAUUACUGUGAUUCUGAAGACAUGCUCCGAUUGGUUGUCACUAUUCUGAUGGGCGUGGCUGCUGGGACUGCUAUUGUUCUUCUGGUCAAUGACAUCAUAUCGGCAAGAGGUUAAACAGAGAAAACAGACGAGACAGACUAUCAUAAAUAUUCUGACAUAUAUAUAGAUUAAAACUCCAAUAAAUAUUAAAUAUGUGUGGUCUAAUUGUUUAGUGACGGCGAAAGGAAGCUUUGCUCACCAAUGCUCUCUUCUGAAGUGGAGUGGAAAAGCGUCGUUACCAGAAUCUGGUGUAUUGAGGCCAUCUAGUGGCCAAAACAGUCAAUAUGCUUUAAUAUCUCAUGUUAUUCUUUAAUACCAUCCUUUUUUUUUUCUGUAUUAAUUUUUUUUUUUUUUUACUUUUUUACAUUUUUUUUCAUAAAUGUAUGCAGCAACCCUGCAAAUAUAAAUGUAAAAAUUAUUUGUAAUAAAUCAACAUAGAAUUAACUGAAUAUUACAUCCAUGUAUCAUGCGCCUAUAUUAUAACUGCAAGGGUGUCAUAAUAAGAAUAAACGAUUCAGAUUUGAAUGACGGUUGAAUAAAAACAUAGCAGCCUUUAUUCUGGACAUUUUUUUUUUCUUUUUUUUUUUCUGAGGCCUAAUUAUUGGAUUUUACUAUAACGAGUUCUAAACCAUUAACCAAACCACUAACCUCCAACAUGAGUCACAGCAUUACAAAUUAUAAAAAUAUGUAAAAAUCUGUAUAAAUAGAUUGCAUACAAGUUAUGGCCUUUAUUUACAGAAUAACGAAAGAACAAUAUAUUAUGCAGUUAUUCAUAUACAUAAAAGUGGGCUCUUUGCAAACCAAAUUCACAUUUUAUAAAAGACUUUACAUAAACCUUUUAGAACAACAACAAAAAAGGCACUGAAAAUAUAUUGUGUAUAUUUAUUAUGCAUAUAAAUACAAUAAUGAUUGCAGAGUAAAUUUUGAUCUUGAAGGGAAAAAAAAUGUAAACAAGAGAAAAGACAUAUGAGGCAAUGCACCCAUAUUUCAACAUUGGUCAUGAUUCUCUGAUUGAUUUUUCUUCAAGAUCAUGGGUAGUGUAGUUCUUCAUGUCAGUUAAAAACAGUUUCUUACUCACAGAUCUGUGGUAAGUUUACAUAGAAUCAUUAAAAUGACACCGUUCUUGAAGUAAAAAUCCCAUUCAUUUUCUCCUUUGAGAAAUGACUUCCAAAUGUUGAUUAACAUUAUAGACAUGAGUUAAUGGACAAAGCCUGAAACAUCAUAAAAAUCUUUAAAAAUGUCAUCUAAAUCUUUAAAAAUGUAAUAUGUAUUAUAUAAAACACAACUCAAUGUAAAAUGCAUCUAUCAUUAGUUUUUCCUAUAAAUAAACACACACACACACACACACACACA